AUGGAGCUCCAACAGGUCAAAGUACACGGGGAGGAUAGCUCCAGUAUGACUGGUGAUAAUGGCAUCAUCAUGGACUUCUUGACAUCGUUCCGCAAUGAGCUCUUGGAUCGCUUGGGAAUGCUGGAAUGUCGGGUUUCUGACUUGAGUGACAGAUGCAGAAAGCUGGAAGACCGAAUCAGCGGCUGCCGAUGCUGCGCUCGUUACUGCGACCCGGAGGACGAAGCGGAGCCCACGGCCAGCGAACCCAGAACCGAUGCCAAAUCUUCGGGUGCACAAAUCGCAAAAGAUGGCACACCGUAUUUCGUUCAGAAUGGCACAGUACUCAUCAGCGCUCUGAACAGUCAUUCAGACUACCCGAACGGCUCCUGGCUGGGAGACGACGGCGACCCGAAGAAGCGGGUUCGGGUACCGCUGGAUCCCAAAGUGGUCCUCGAUCUCAACGCAACGUGUCGUACUCCUGAGAAGAUGGCGCUGAAGCUACUAGAUCUCUUGUUCUCCCGCGAUGUCCAAGCCAAUGCCAACAUAAGCGGGAGCAGUAAAUACGGAAAACAGAAACUGAAUCCAGUCUACGUAUACGCUAUUUUGUGUCACCUUGUGUUCACCUUCAAUAUAAGUGAGAGCGACUGGGACCGGAUCAAGUUGUCGAUCGACUCGAAAUGUCGGACCGCCUUCAGACGGAAACGGAAAGCACUCGAAAUCCUCGAGCAAACGAGCAGAGCCCCGAAGGAAUCCGUUGCAGGAGAAAACUCCGCCUCGCAUGCAGCCAAGGCACCUCUCGCUCUAGGGAGCGCGACAACGCCUCUCGGAAGUACUCGGGAAUCGAUAGCGGCGUCUGACGACGACGAUACUCACGAGGUUCACGACUGCGAAACGAAUGGAGACGACCACGUGAAUCAUCUUCUACGAGCCCAUCCCUUCGAAUUCAAUGAUCUCCUGACAGAUUCCCAAGACGCUGCCGAGGACAGCGUCCACUCGUCGGUUCACGCGGUCGAGGGCGACGUGAUUUCGCUCGAUGCUAAUGUCCCGGAUGAGUUGAUAUCGGAGGGAUUCCUCGAGGUCGUUCACGUGUCUCCCGAAACUAUGUUGGCCUUACAACAGACGCAUAAGCUUCAAAUACAACCAGAUGGAACCUUCCUAGCGCUGCCGAUCUCGUCGGAGAACGGGAAAGACGCCGAUAAACGAGAACCAAUGCCACUGUGACGAAAAUCAAGGCCAGGAAACGAAUCCUGAGAGAAUGUAUUGGUUACCGAAUCCAUGUUCGAAAGCGCUUGAAUCCUGCAAGCGAUGUGAUCAACGUGAUCCCGGAAGGAUUGCACACUCUGAACU